AUGGCCAGCCGUCGAUACGUCGAUGAUGUCUCCGUCGACAGGUACGAAGAUCGUCGGGAUUACACCUCCAGAGGUGGUCGCAGGGUCUACGAUGACCGUUACGCGGAGGAGGAGGUAGAGUACCGUCGUGGAAACCCAGUACGUGAGCGUGAGAGGGAACGAGAGGUUCGAGAGGUCCUCGUUCGGGACGAUGUUCGAGAGAGACCCGGAAACACACCUGCUUUCCUACGAGAAGAUUACGGAAGAACUACUGCUGGCCCAGUGGUCUUGCGAGCACGAGAACGGGAGGAGUUCGACUUCGUUCCCGCACGACCUCGUCGACGAUCCCCAUCCCCAGAGCCGGAAAGGAAGGUCGAGAAGGAAAAAAUCAUCAUCCGGGAAAGAUCAGAGUCAGAAUCCCGACCUCCGCCUCGGUUCAGAGAAAAAGAUCGAGAAGUGGAGCGGGAAGAGAUAAUCAUUCGACGGGAUGAAAGGGACGCAGACAGGAGACCGCCUCCGCCACCACCCGCCCCUCGCGAAAGGGAGAGGGAGGAGAUUAUCAUUCGAAGGGAGGAGAGAGACCGUGAGGUACGCCCGCCGCCUCCGAGGGACUCUCGGGAGGAGAUCAUCAUCCGCCGUGACGAAGACGACCGCCGCUCUCGAUACGACGUGGACUUUGAUGACACCCUCUCCAGGAGGAGCGAUUACGUCAGACGACCAGCGAGAGAGACUGAGCGAGACGAGAUUGUCAUUCGGCGAUCGGAACAGAAUCUGGAGUCUAGUCGAUACGACGAUUAUGCCUUGACUCGCCCCAAGUCACAUGAACGGGCCAGGUCACAAGCACGACGUUCCAGCAGCGCGGGAUCUAACCAAGAGAUCAUCAUCCGACAGGAGGAGCGUGACGGCCGCACCCGUGAGCGACAAGAAAUCAUUAUUCGUAAGAAUUCGCGCUCUAGGUCGCCCAGUCCAUCUGUUGUAUCGGCACCGCAGGCACCACCCGAGCCGCAAGUCAUCAACGCUCCUACCAUCCAUCAAGAGGUCAUCACCCACCAUCGACAUAUUGACCACGGCUUCGAGGUUGCCAUCCCUUCAAGGCCCCGGCCGAUCACUCGACCUCCAUCGCCACCGAGCCCACCACUGUCUCCCCCCAACCCUCGUGCUCACUCUGAGGAGAGGAUCCAGAUAAGUCGAACUCAAACCAGGAAUGGGCGCACCGAGAACGAGAAUAUUGUCAUCGAUCGCAACGAAGGGGCCAGAAGCGUGGGCCCCUACUCGCCGCCUGCACCGCGAGACUACUAUGACGCCCCGGCUCCUCGACGCGAAGGCUAUCGUGGGUCCGAUCGGGAUCUGCAGGAAGAGGCAGACUAUUACAAUAGCCGAGCCAUGGAACGUGCCUACGUCGGAGAAGCGUAUCGCGGCGCCACGAGGGACUGGGCAAUAGUGGACGUUCCUCCUGGCACCAAUCGCGUCCGCAUGGAUGGAGCUGGUGGUGGAGCUCAAGAAAUCACGUGGCAAAGGUACAACGGGGUCCGAAGGAGCAAAUUCAUGCCAGACGGAGAAGAGGGAUAUGGGGAGAUCGGAAGACCCGCUCCCCUACCAAUGCCGGUACCAGCGCCAGCGCCAUUACCGGCUCCAGCCUCGAAUGGGGACAUCGGACGGCGAUAUGGUAGACUGCCAGACCCCAAGGAAGGAUUGUGGACAGAGAUCACCAAGGAUCUCGUCGUUAAGGAGGCUAUUCAAGAGAUGGGUUAUGAGUUUGAGGAGACGGACGAUUUCUAUUACAUCAUUGCCUAUCUCCGAUACGAGGACGUCGCCCGCCUUGUCGGACUGUCGGAGGACAUCCGUAAAGAGCGCAAGAAGCGCAUCAAGGAAAUUUCUUGGGAAAAUCGAGUCUUGCCACCACCAGUAGUGGAAGAACCUCAUCGCCCGUUGAUGCUAGAACCGCCACCACCGCAACGUCCGCGUCAGGACUGGGAUCGAGAAGAGGAGCGGUACAUUGAGCGCGAAGUUGUGUAUCGAGGUGGACGACCUCCUCCACCACCAGGCUGGGUGAGACGUUGA